AAUGAAUGGGCAAUACUGCCCUUUAGAGAUCAGAAAAAGGAACUAGCAGCGUCAUGAAUUGGAUGACUUCGGUCUCCACGCCUUCUCUCUCGCUCUCGCGCCACUUACGUAUUCCAAUCACAGCCAUCCACGCCGCCGCCAACGGAACGAUGCCAGAUCCACACCCGUCUCUCAGAGUCACCGGCGGCGCACGUGACCGCUUCCUCCAGGCUUUCAAAACCUUGCAUCGUCCCUACAAUCCCUUGCCACUGAUUUGCUGGAACCGUCACGUGGAGACCAUCUUCGCCUCAUUCUUUCGCUCCGUGCCUCAAGUUAGAUUACGCCGGGAGUGCCUCCGCACCAAGGACGGCGGCUCCGUCGCACUUGAUUGGGUCGCUGGAGAUCACCAGCGAUUGCCAUCUGAUUCUCCACUUCUCAUUUUACUGCCGGGUUUGACUGGAGGCAGCCAGGAUUCGUAUGUGAGGCAUAUGUUACUUAAAGCUCAGAAUGAGGGUUGGCGUGUUGUGGUGUUCAAUAGCCGAGGCUGUGGGGAUAGUCCUGUUACCACUCCUCAGUUCUAUUCAGCUUCGUUUUUAGGAGAUAUGUAUGAAGUAGUCGCACAUGUCGGCAGUAGAUACCCUGAAGCUAAUUUGUAUGCUGUUGGUUGGUCUCUUGGGGCAAACAUUCUUGUUCGUUAUAUGGGUCAGGAAUCCCAUACCUGCCCUCUUUCUGGUGCCGUGUCACUUUGUAAUCCUUUCAAUUUGGUUGUGGCAGAUGAGAACUUUCACAAGGGCUUUAACAAUGUUUAUGACAAAGCCCUUGCAAAAUCUCUCAGGGAAAUUUUCAAGAGGCAUGCUCUUCUCUUCGAGGACAUGGGUGGUGAAUUCAAUAUCCCACUAGCUGCCAAUGCAAAGUCUGUCAGGGAAUUUGAUGAAGGAUUAACUCGUGUUUCAUUUGGUUUUAAAUCGGUGGAUGACUAUUAUUCUAAUUCAAGUAGUUCAGAUUCCAUAAAACACAUUUGCAGACCGUUGCUUUGCAUUCAGGCCGAAAAUGACCCCAUUGCUCCCUCUUGGGGAAUUCCUCAUGAAGAUAUUGAGGAAAAUUCAAACUGCAUGUUGAUAGUGACACCCAGAGGUGGCCAUCUAGGGUGGGUUGCAGGUCCUGAUGCCCCAUUAGGAUCUCCCUGGACUGAUCCUGCGGUGAUGGACUUCCUCCAGCAUUUGGAAACAGGUGCAUCUAGAACUGCUCCAUCUUAUAGUAGCCCAAAUGCUUUGGAGCAUACAAAGGGCUUGCAUCACAUAGAUGUAUAGCAAAAAUUCAGUUCCAAAUUCAUUUCACGUUAUUAGUCUUGUCAAUAUGAUCAAACAUAUAAUAAGGUCAAUUUACUAAAGUUGGCUGAUUCUUUAUACUCUCAUCCUGUGUUGUCGUUUUAGCUGAAAUUCUAUCCUUUGGAUACGAUUUGUUUUUACAUACAUGACAAGAAUCAAUAAAUUCUAUAUAUAAAUUUGAUUUCCCUUU